AUUGUGGGAGCCAAGAAACAGUCGGCAAAUGAGUUGAAUCGAAUGAAGAUGGUGAAAAUAAUUGCGCUAUUUGCUGUGACUAUUGUUUCCUGGCAUGUAGUAACUGGCAACUUAGGCCCAUAUACAAGGGGUGGCGGUAAAGGAAGAGGUAACGGCAGAGUUGAUGAUCAUUCCUGCGAGGAAUCUGGUGGCCCAGGUCAUCCAGGAGGUCAUGGUGGUGGAGGCAGAGACAAAGAUAUUGACCAUUCUUGUGAGGAUUCAGGAAAACAAGGUCAUCAAGGAGGUCCAGGUAACAAAGGUAAAAAUGACGGUUAUUCCUGUGAGGAAUUAGAUGGCAGAGGUUAUCAAGGAGGAUAUGGUGGCGGAGGAAGAGACAAAGAUAUUGACCAUUCUUGUGAGGAUUCUGGACAACAAGACCAUAAAGGAGGUCCAGGUAGCAAAGGUGGAAAUGACGAUCAUUCCUGCGAGGAAUCUGGUGGCCCAGGUCAUCCAGGAGGUCAUGGUGGUGGAGGCAGAGACAAAGAUAUUGACCAUUCUUGUGAGGAUUCUGGACAAGAGGACCAUAAAGGAGGUCCAGGUAGCAAAGGUGGAAAUGAUGAUUAUUCCUGUGAGGAAUCUAGUGACCAGGGUCAAGGUGAUACAUACCGCAAUCGCGAGUGGUCUGGUUCAGGGUUGAAAAACGGAAUCAAAUUAGUGACGAAAUGGGUGACCAAAAUCCUUGGCGCAAGCUGCGAGGAAGAAGAAGGUGGCCAUGGUCAGCAAGGUAGUGAAGGUAAUGGAAGCGAGAGCUGUGAAAGCAACAGUGACAAUGAGAAUGAUGAUAGUCAAAGCAAUAGCAGCUGUGAAGAUGUAGGGAGUUACGAUCACACUUCGGUAUCAGCUAGUGAAUCUUGCUCAGAAUCUGGUAGCAGAAGUUCCAGAGAGAGCGGUUCCAGAUCAUACAGCGAAUCGGGAUCAGAAUCCGGUAGUGGAAGUUCCGAAGAGAGCGGUUCCAAAUCAUGCAGCGAAUCGGGAUCCGAAUCCAGUAGCAGAAGUUCUAGAGAGAGCGGUUCCAGAUCAUACAGCGAAUCCUACUCGAAAUCCGGUAGUGGAAGUUCCGGAGAGAGCGGUUCCAGAUCAUGCAGCGAAUCGGGAUCAGAAUCCGGUAGCAGAAGUUCUAGAGAGAGCGGUUCCAGAUCAUACAGCGAAUCCUACUCGAAAUCCGGUAGUGGAAGUUCCGGAGAGAGCGGUUCCAGAUCAUGCAGCGAAUCGGGAUCAGAAUCCGGUAGCAGAAGUUCUAGAGAGAGCGGUUCCAGAUCAUACAGCGAAUCCUACUCGAAAUCCGGUAGUGGAAGUUCCGGAGAGAGCGGUUCCAGAUCAUGCAGCGAAUCGGGAUCAGAAUCCGGUAGUGGAAGUUCCGAAGAGAGCGGUUCCAAAUCAUGCAGCGAAUCGGGAUCCGAAUCCGCUAGCAGAAGUUCCAGAGAGAGCGGUUCCAGAUCAUACAGCGAAUCCUACUCGAAAUCCGGUAGUGGAAGUUCCGGAGAGAGCGGUUCCAGAUCAUGCAGCGAACCGGGAUCAGAAUCCGGUAGCAGAAGUUCCAGAGAGAGCGGUUCCAGAUCAUACAGCGAAUCCUACUCGAAAUCCGGUAGUGGAAGUUCCGAAGAGAGCGGUUCCAGAUCAUGCAGCGAAUCGGGAUCAGAAUCCGGUAGUGGAAGUUCCAGAGAGAGCGGUUCCAGAUCAUACAGCGAAUCGUUCUCGAAAUCCGGUAGCAGAAGUUCCAGAGAGAGCGGUUCCAGAUCAUACAGCGAAUCGGGAUCAGAAUCCGGUAGCAGAAGUUCCAGAGAGAGCGGUUCCAGAUCAUACAGCGAAUCCUACUCGAAAUCCGGUAGUGGAAGUUCCGAAGAGAGCGGUUCCAGAUCAUGCAGCGAAUCGGGAUCAGAAUCCGGAAGCAGAAGUUCCAGAGAGAGCGGUUCCAGAUCAUACAGCGAAUCCUACUCGAAAUCCGGUAGUGGAAGUUCCGAAGAGAGCGGUUCCAGAUCAUGCAGCGAAUCGGGAUCAGAAUCCGGUAGUGGAAGUUCCAGAGAGAGCGGUUCCAGAUCAUACAGCGAAUCCUACUCGAAAUCCGGUAGUGGAAGUUCCGAAGAGAGCGGUUCCAGAUCAUGCAGCGAAUCGGGAUCAGAAUCCGGUAGUGGAAGUUCCAGAGAGAGCGGCUCCAGGUCAUACAGCGAAUCGUACUCGAAAUCCGGUAGUGGAAGUUCCGAAGAGAGCGGUUCCAAAUCAUGCAGUGAAUCGGGAUCAGAAUCCGGUAGCAGCAGUCAUCACAGGCACAGUUCUGGAUCAUCUACUGGGAAACAUUCAAACUCUGGUCACACUGAUUCCAAUAAGAGUCGUUCCGGAUCAUCUAGUGGAUCAACCUCGAGUUCAGGCGGCAAUAGUUCCAGUAAGAACAAGUCUGGGUCAUAUAGUGGAUCGAAAUCGAAUUCAGGCAGUCAUAAAUCAGGAUACUCAUUCACGAAGACCAUUGUCGACAAUAAAGAUCAGGAGCCACAGCUCGUUAGAUAUGAGUCCACAAUUGUCUCGUUCACAUUUUUCUCAAAUCUACAAUAUACGAAAAGCACAGUCCACCGACUAAAGGAACAAUCCAACAUCAUGGCUAAACUUAUUCUGCUGUUUGUAGUCGUCACCCUAUGUUGCCAUUUGGUAGCUGGGAAACCAAGUCCAGGAGGCUAUGACGAUGGUGGUCAUGGAUCAGGAAAAGGCAAACCCAAACCAUCAGGCGGUUCGUACUCAGGCGGUCAUGGUUCGGGAAGUGGCAGUUCUGGGUCAUCUAGUGGAUCGGGUUCAACUUCAGGCGGUGGCAGUUCCAGUAGUAGCGGAUCCGGAUCAUCUAAUGGAUCGGGUUCGAGUUCAGGCAGUAGCAGUUCAGACAAGAGCAGCUCUGGAUCGUCUAGUGGAUCGGGUUCGAGUUCAGGCAGCAGCAGUUCAGACAAGAGCAGCUCUGGAUCGUCUAGUGGAUCGGGUUCGAGUUCAGGCAGCAGCAGUUCAGACAAGAGCAGUUCCGGAUCGUCUAGUGGAUCGGGUUCGAGUUCAGGCAGCAGCAGUUCAGACAAGAGCAGCUCCGGAUCGUCUAGUGGAUCGGGUUCGAAUUCAGGCAGCAGCAGUUCAGACAAGAGCAGCUCAGGAUCGUCUAGUGGAUCGGGUUCGAGUUCAGGCAGCAGCAGUUCGCACAAGAGCGGAUCCGGAUCAUCUAGUGGAUCAGGUUCGAGUUCAGGCAGCGGCAGUUCGCACAAGAGCGGAUCCGGAUCAUCUAGUGGAUCAGGUUCGAGUUCAGGCAGCGGCAGUUCGCACAAGAGCAGCUCUGGAUCGUCUAGUGGAUCAGGUUCGAGUUCAGGCAGCAGCAGUUCAGACAAGAGCAGCUCUGGAUCGUCUAGUGGAUCAGGUUCGAGUUCAGGCAGCAGCAGUUCAGACAAGAGCAGCUCUGGAUCAUCUAGUGGGUCGGGGUCGAGUUCAGGUAGCAGCAGUUCAGACAAGAGCAGCUCUGGAUCGUCUAGUGGAUCGGGUUCGAGUUCAGGCAGCAGCAGUUCAGACAAGAGCAGCUCUGGAUCAUCCAAUGGAUCGGGGUCGAGUUCCGGCAGCAGCAGUUCAGAUAACAGCGGCUCUGGUUCGUCUAGUGGAGCGCACUCGCAUUCAGGUGAUGGUCAUUCGGGCAAGGGUGGUUCCGGAUCAGGUCAUGGAGGAAAGGGACAUAAAGAUCCUUGCGACGACGUACAUACAUACUAGACAACCGCAUGUAUG